UUGAUUUCGAAAUUUUCAAGUGAUUUAUCAUGAUCGAUGUUUUUUUUUGUUGCCAUUUUCCAAUUAUUUUGGGGGUAAUUUGACGUGUAGAACGAUUCUCGUUUUAAAUUUCAGAAUGGUUUCAUGCAUUUCUUAGUUUUCCGAUUCGCAUUUCACUCGAGUAGGCAAGUGUUCUAAUAGAGUAUUCAUUUGAAAAAAUCUGCAGCGAAUACGAAGAUGAAUAUUUCAUCAUGGCUGUAGGAAUCGAACACUCGCAAAGCAGCACAAGUUUUCAAAGAUUUAAAUUACUCGUAUGGAAGAGUUACCUAUGGCAUCGAUAUUACUGGUGGUGGUCGAUUAUAGAAAUAAUAGCUCGUUGUUCGGUCGCUUUAUACUUGGGUUUAAGUGUAAAAAGUGAUAUCAGACUAACUAAUCAUGGUGCAACAUAUCCCCACCCUGAAAGCAGAAGCCAGCUAUUGGAAACGAUUACAUCGCGUAAUUAUUUAGCUUACUCGCCUCCUUCCAAAUUCACCGAUCAACUGAUGCUAAAUGUGGCUGAAAAAAUAAAACAAAAAUCAGGAAAGAAGGAGUCGCUCGAACUCCUGCCGUUUGACAGUGAAAAGAUAUUGGCAGAAUACGUGGUGAACCGCAGCAUUUCUAUGAAGCAAGAGGCAAUGGGAGUUAUAUUCGAUAAUAUAAAACUCAAAGAUGAUAAUUCUACUCCACCUAAUAAAUUAGUUUAUGAAUUGAGACAGAGCAUCGCUGGCGAUACGAGGUGGUUAAUUGAUGGCGAUUCUACUCCCGGACCUUAUAAAAAAGUCAGCGAAUAUUGGUCGAGUGGUUUCGUAGCCUUACAGUUGCUCAUAAAUGAAGAAUUCAUUGGAAUGAAAUUGGAUAAAUCAAAUAAUUCGGAUAAUUCGUCUUGGUCAGCUCCGUCAGGGGUGGUUUUUCAACCAUUUCCAUAUCCAGAAUAUGAAACGAGUAUGAUCGAUCGUGAACAUUUGUUGUCAGUGAUUGUCUUAACUCUCAUUGCUACGGAGGUGGCACUAUCAGUGCCAUACAUUGCUUCUAUCAUCUUUGAGAAACAAAACGGUGUCAAGAAUUUGCUGACGGUAUACCUCAUGGAAGAAUCGUUGAUAUGGCUUGGCUGGUUUUUAAAAGCGUUCGUAGUGGUUUUAAUUUCGGCAACUUUAACGGCGAUAUUUUUGAAAACUCCAUUCAAAGGGCACGGAAGCGAAUGUGUUCGUUAUACGGAUUUCUCAGUGCUGUGGUCAUUUUUAAUCUUAUUCCACGCCUCCAAUAUUUGCUUCGUUCUUUUCCUCAGCUCGGUUUUCAAUAGAGCCACAAUAGCUGCGUUGGUUCACACGUUCGUGCAUUACCUCUCACUGGUGUUGUUGUUCGUCACGCUCGCUAUGAAUAUGCGAAGCAGUACUCGACUUUUUUGGCCAUCAACCUCGUACUCUGCCGCAAAAGGAAUUCGUUUCUUGGCCACAGCUGAAGUUCAUGGUAUACCGUUCAAUUGGGCGACGGCGCUAACGCUGCAUGCGAAUGAAUCUGCUAUAAUUUAUCUUCCGAUUGUUUUGUUUUUCGUAUUUGACGUUGCGUUUUAUUCAUUGCUCAUGCUGUUAUUCGGGUUCAUCAAUUCUGGCGAUUAUGGUUCUAAAAGGUCGCCGUUUUUUAUAUUUUCGUUUCUGUUUUUUGGAACCAAGCACAAACACACCGCGACCGAAUCUCAUCAAGUUCAAGUACGCGAGUCCGAAACGAGGAGUGAAAUUAAUAAAACAAAAACAUCGUCGAAAGUCGAAGGAUCACUAAACACCGAAAUCAGAGAACCUGUGUCGCCGCAUCACGAGCCAUCUAUACGAAUCGAAGGUCUGCAUAAGGAGUACAAUAACGUCACGCAUGCUUUGGAAAGAAUCGAUUUAGAAUUUUACGAUAACGAGAUUACCGUUCUUUUGGGUCCGAAGGAUGCUGGGAAAACUACCCUGUUGUCCAUUCUAGCCGGAUCGAUUACGUACGAUGAUGGAUUUAUACAUUACAAAGGGAUCGAUGUAAGCGAUAAUUUAGAUAUAUUGAAAAAUGAUCUCGGAAUAUGUUUCAAAGAAGAUAGAUUGUUUCAUUACCUAUCUGUCAAACAACAUUUGAUGUUCUUCGGCAGGUUGAAAGGACUCUCAAAAAGUGACGCUGAAGAGGAGACUGAACAAUUUUUGAUCAAGUUGGAAAUGCACGAUGAACAGAAUUCAGCUGUGAAAUAUUUAUCUCAAGUAUUGAAGAGGAAGCUGUGUAUUGCUAUUGGAUUGAUUGGUGAACGGAAGGUGCUAAUUCUCGACGAACCAAUGGAAGGUCUCGACCACAAAUCUAAAAUCAAAAUUUGGAAUCUAUUAUCGGAUAUGCGUACCGAUCGUACCAUCAUAAUAAGCACCAGUAACGCCAGAGAAGCCGAAAGUUUAGCAGAUCGAGUAGCCAUCUUGGAAAAUGGUUUCGUCAUCGCCCACGGAACGCCGAAAUAUCUCAGAAAUAACAUAGGUAUCCAUUACGAAAUACUCGUCUCGACCAAAAAGGAACAUUUCAACGAAGUUACCGAAAAAGUAAAGAGUUCUGUGAGCGCCAAAAUGGUACGUGAACUGGAUAAUGAAAUUGUUUACAGUGUGCAUCCGAGGGAAUUACCUAAAUUUUCAAAUUUGUUCCUAAAUCUCGAACAAAGCGCAAAGGAGCUUGAAAUAUCCAAUAUAGGAGUGUCGUUUAAUUCUAUAGAACAUGUAAUGAUGAAGACAGGGGGGUUUUCAAAUCGUCCUCCGGUCCAGCCUGAAACUACUAAUGAAGAUAGUGAAUAUGAUUUAGAAUUCCACGACUCUAUAGAAGGUUUACGUUUGAGACUUCGUCAAAUGAGGAUUCUAUUGGGGAAAAAAAUACUAUACAUGUUUAAAGAUUACGCCAAUAUAUUAAAAAGGAUCAUUCUACCCUCACUAAUCGCCGUUCUGCUGACUCGAUUAAUCGAAGAAAUUAAUUUCAAUCCGUACCUAGCAAAGAAGCUUUCACCGAGCAUUUACGUUCUUCGCGACGAAAUGCUCAAUACGGCUAUUUAUCCUCAAAUAAUGUUACACAAGAAAAACGCCAACCAAGAAUUGGUUGAAGAGUAUUCUACUCUUAUAGCUACUCGCGGGGGUACUGUAGCAAAAUCCGGCGAUUCUUCUUCGACAGAAAGUUUACUUAAUUAUGGAAGAGCUGAUCUAAUGCGAUUCCGCAGAGAAUUGCUGGCAGCUUUUGAUCUAACAGAAGCAGAAACUUCUAAAAUAGCGUAUAACUUGUGGACAAUUCAUUCGUUACCUAUCGCCGUUUCCAUUUAUUCGAACGUGUUGCUUAGACGCAUGCUGAAUGACGACACUGCCGAGAUAACAACGAUAAAUCAUCCACUUCCUACAAUUGAAAAAGGUUGCGAUGCGAACGAGUUAUUUAUCAAAGCGUUGUUAGUACUCGCCAUAUUAUACAUAACGUUUGCUUUUCUGACCAUGGACGUGGUUUUGUAUUUAUUCGAACUAUCUCACAAAGAAAUCGUCGAUGGACUGAUGUAUUUACAAAUUAUGUCCGGUGUACCUCGCUGGAUGUAUUGGUUCGCUACAUUCGUGUUCGAUUUCAUCUUUUUUGUUAGCGUACUCGCUUUUCGACUAGCUUUGUUUACAUUCAUAGAUAAUGGUUAUGAUUUUUUCAGACCCACGAUGAAUUUUGCUCUGUUUGUCGUAGUAAUCGUUCUUUUUGGAAUUUCCGGGUUAUUUUGCGUUUACGUGUUCAGUUUUUUUUACAAACCAGUGAGGCGGACGUAUUAUGCGCACGUGUUCAUGUUCAAUUUUGCUUGCAAUGUCUGUGUUACGAUAUGCUAUUCGUUCAGCCUUGGUCCUCAUUUCUCCGAAAAGCCGUACGGGAUGUACAAAUUGUUCAGUUUCAUAUUUUUAUUAUUUCCAUUCUUGAAUUUCCCGUGGACUGUGUUGCAGUAUUUUUCGCAAUGGUACCAUAACAAUCAUUGCUUUAUAGUUUGCUCGAGUAUUUUGGAAAAAUGGUGUAUUGAGACUAGGAAAUCUGCAGAGACCAGGAAAACGAAACCAUAUUUGGAAUUUUCAAACGCCGAUAAUAUUCACGAAAUCUCGCUAGAAGUGGCGUUUUUAUUGAUCACGCUGAUUUUCGCAGUCAUAUUAUUCAUUCUGAUAAAUUACGGAUUGACGGAUUUCCUGCAUAAUUUUUUCAAUAGUAAAGAAAUCCAUCAGCAAUCGCAUCCUCAAGAUGAUGAAGAAAUAAGACACGAACGCGAAGAAAUUCAACGUAUCAAGCGGAAUCGGAAUGAAUCUAGUAAGUUGCUAAUUUACUUCGUUGUAUGAUUGCCUAUUACCUAC